AUUUUAAACUGUAUUUUGUAGCAAGAGUGUACCCACACCUUGAACAUUGGGGGGCCAAAACAUCCAUGUCUGUACAUUGUAUACUGUAUUUUUCAAUUACUUGAUUCAAAUGAUUGAUUCAAAAUUUACAAGAGAUAAAUUUAGACUUUCUGCCUUGAGCAUUCAGGAAUGAGGCCAGUUUCACACUUAAAAAAAAAUAAAUAGGACACUAUGACAAACCAUGCAGAGCCUGUUUCAUAGUGCGAUCUGUAAGUCCAGGGGAUGCAGCCAUAAUAAGCAGUGUCCCACUUGUGUUUUACGGUAUAACGCUGGGCACCACCGUGCAAACGCCUCUCUGCACCGCUGACACUUUCCUGUUUUCUCUUGAGACUUUCAUUUAAAACAAACGAAACAGGACGGAAAUUUGUAAACAUGUAUCCCAUGCACACGAAGAGUUUAGAGGCGCGCUGCCAGCGAAUCCUUCAGGAUAUGGAGGGUUCUCUUACGGCCCGUGACCGGGUGGGCAUUCAAGACUUUGUGCUGUUAGAUGCCUACACCAGUGAGACUGCGUUCAUGGACAACCUCAGGAAACGCUUCAACGAGAACCUCAUAUAUACCUACAUUGGAACCCUACUGGUGUCAGUUAAUCCAUAUAAAGACUUGGGCAUCUACACCAAGAAACAAAUGGAUAUUUACAUGGGUGUCAACUUUUUUGAGCUGCCUCCUCAUAUAUUUGCACUCGCUGACAAUGUUUAUCGGACCAUGAUUAGUGAAACAAACAACCACUUCAUCCUCAUCUCUGGUGAAAGUGGCGCUGGUAAGACUGAAGCGUCUAAGAAAGUUCUUCAGUUCUACGCGGUGAGCUGUCCCAGCACCAGACUGCUGGACAGUGUGAGAGAUCGUCUUCUACUUUCCAAUCCAGUGCUGGAGGCAUUUGGAAAUGCCAAAACUCUAAAAAAUGACAAUUCAAGUCGUUUUGGAAAGUAUAUGGACAUACAGUUUGACCAUCAGGGAGCAGCAGUUGGUGGUCACAUCUUAAGCUAUUUACUUGAGAAGUCAAGAGUGGUGCACCAAAAUCAUGGCGAGAGGAACUUCCACAUCUUUUAUCAGUUAGUUGAGGGAGGAGAGGAUGAACUCCUUCGCUGGCUUGGCUUGGAGCGAAACUGUCAAAACUACCGUUACCUUAUUCAGGGGGAAUGUGCCAAAGUGAGCUCUAUAAAUGACAAAAGUGAUUGGAAAACUGUGCAGAAAGCUCUUACCACCAUUGAGUUCAGUGAAAAAGAUAUAGAGCAACUAUUUGCAAUCAUUGCCAGUGUCCUUCAUCUUGGCAAUGUCCCCUUUGAGGCCGGUGCCCGAGGUUAUGCCACAGUAAACAGCAGUGCAGAAAUACACUGGCUGUCAAAGUUGCUGGGCAUUCCCUCAAACAUGUUACAGGAGGGUUUAACACACAGGAAGAUUGAAGCCAAAGCAGAAGAGGUUCUAAGCCCAUUUACUGUUGAACAUGCAAAAUAUGCCAGGGAUGCACUAGCCAAAGCCAUCUAUGGGCGCACAUUCUCAUGGCUUGUUAACAAGAUUAAUGAAUCAUUAGUAAACAAGGAUUCAACCAGAAAAACAGUCAUUGGACUGCUUGACAUCUAUGGAUUUGAAGUAUUCGAUGUGAACAGCUUUGAACAGUUCUGCAUAAACUACUGCAAUGAAAAACUUCAGCAGCUGUUUAUUCAGCUCACUCUCAAAUCAGAGCAGGAGGAAUAUGAGAUGGAGGGAAUCGAGUGGGAGGCGGUGGCAUACUUCAACAAUAAGAUCAUCUGUGACCUUGUGGAGGAGAAACAUAGAGGCAUCAUAUCAAUACUGGAUGAAGAAUGCCUGCGUCCUGGAGAGGCCACAGAUUUUACAUUCCUGGAGAAGCUGGAGGGGAGGAUGUCUGGUCACCCCCAUUUUGUCACGCACAAACUGGCUGAUCAAAAAACACGUAAGACCUUGGAUCGAGGAGAUUUUCGUCUUUUACACUAUGCUGGAGACGUUACUUACUCAGUUGUUGGAUUUCUUGACAAAAAUAAUGAUCUUCUGUACAGAAACAUUAAAGAGGUUAUGCGACUGUCUAAGAACGCUAUAAUCCAGCAUUGCUUCCCAACUAUAGAACCCGAUGGCAAGAAAAGACCUGAGACGGUGGCCACCCAGUUUAAGAACAGCCUUGCAGGCCUCACAGAAAUACUUAUGUCUAAAGAGCCAUGGUAUAUACGGUGCCUGAAACCUAAUAACUGUAAGCAGCCAGGGCAGUUCGAUGAUGUUACGGUGAGACAUCAAGUCAAGUACCUGGGGUUAAUGGAGCACUUGAGAGUAAGACGUGCCGGGUUUGCGUAUAGGAGACGAUAUGAAGUCUUCCUGAAAAGAUAUAAGGCUCUAUGUCCAGAAACAUGGCCACACUGGAAGGGAACACCAGCAGAAGGAGUUCAGCUGCUUAUCAAGCAUCUUGGCUACAAACCAGACGAAUACAAGAUGGGAAGAACCAAAAUCUUCAUUCGCCAUCCCAGGACUCUCUUUGCCACUGAAGAUGCAUUUGAGGUCUGCAAGCAUGAGCUGGCCACAAGAAUUCAGGCCAAAUACAAAGGCUAUAGGGGCAAAGAAGAAUACCAGAGGCAAAGAGAAGCAGCAACCAAAAUUGAGGCAUGCUGGCGGGGUCUUCAGGCCAGAAAAGAGAGGGAAAGGAGAGCCUGGGCUGUCAAAGUCAUUAAGAAGUUUAUUAAAGGCUUCAUGAACCGGAAUCAGCCUGUCAGCAUGGACAACUCCGAAUAUCUUGCAUUUGUCCGACAAAACUACCUCACUCGACUCAAAGAGACCCUGCCAAAAUCAGUACUGGAUAGAAACACCUGGCUCACUCCUCCACCAAUAAUGCAAGAGGCCUCAGUGUUCUUGCGUAAGUUACACACACGUCUCCUUGUGCGGAAGUAUGUCCGAGGGAUCACCACACAGAGGAAGGCGCAGCUGCAAAUUAAAGCACUGGCCAGUGACAUAUUCAAAGGCAAGAAAGAAAGCUAUCCUCACAGUGUAUGCCAACCCUUUGCUGACACCAGGAUAAGUGAACAGGACAUAAACAUCAAAGUCUUGCAGAUUAUUUGUUCUGAAGGCAUUAAGUACAGUGUCCCAGUGAUUAAGUAUGACAGAAAUGGCUUUCGGCCACGUUUCAGACAGCUGAUCUUCACUCAGGCGGCUGCAUAUCUGGUGGAGGAGGCCAAAAUCAAACAGAGGGUGAAUUACAGCUCACUGAAAGGGGUGUCUAUCAGCAAUUUAAGUGACAACUUCCUGAUUCUCCAUGUCGCAUGUGAUGACACAAAGCAAAAAGGGGACCUGGUCUUGCAGUGCAAUUAUCUUUUUGAGGCAUUGACAAAAAUGUGUGUAGUGACAAAAAACAACAGCCUUGUCAAAAUUGUGCAAGAAAGUGUGAGAUUUGAUAUCCAGCCUGGCAAAGAGGGUUUCGUUGAUUUUAAGAGCAGUGGGGAAUUCAUGGUCUACAGAGCCAAGAAUGGACACUUGAUGGUGGAAUCAGCAAGGACAAAAUCUCGAUGACCUUUGAAAUGGACCUUUGCUUAACUAGAAAUGACCUUGAAAAUGAACCUACACUAUAGAGUAUUAACAUUUAAAGUCCUUCUCUAAAACAGAGUUUAAAAUAUCACUGUAUACAUUCUUUUUUCUUAAACUGGAAUAACAAUAAUAUUACUUUUUUGUAUUGCCUUAUAUUGUUUAAAUAUGUAUUUUAAGCAUUUACUGUACACUGUGUUUUUGUUGUUUAUGUCAUGUUUUUCAAGAAAUAUAUCUAAUGAAAAUGACAAAGGCAAUAUUAUUUUAAUAUUCUGUAUUCUAUUAAUAUUCUAUAUCAUUAUCAUUACAUAAAUUGUAUGAUUGUCUUGCUUCCUUGCUACUUGUGCAAAUCUGUGCACAGAUAGUGACCCUGCCUGGGAAAACCCAGAUACAGUAAUUUGUUUGUGAAUUACUGUUUUUAAAUAAAAUCAUCCUAGAUAAUGUAAAGAACAUUCUGUGAAAAUAUAACCUUGAUCUUUAAUAUUAACUGAGUAAGGUUAUGUCAAAGACUGAAAUAAAAAUGAAAUCAAUAUUUGA